AUGUGUGGACCAUGGUUACUGGCAGUUCUUCUGCCCCCAGAGCUUUUGUGCUACUCCAUUCAGUUUGGUAUGAUGCACCACCUUGCAGUUCCUAUUUAUGAGAUUGAAAUAUAUUCAGGGCAAUUUGGUGAUUAUGUGGAUGUGGAGUACAAGCAAAAGUCUAGCCUUAGUUUUUAUAUAAACCUGAUUUUGGUCAUCGAUGAAAGUCAAAUGGAAUGGGGAGGUCAGGCAGCCGUUCUCACUGGCGGAAUAGGAUACAACUUUACCACCUUGAGAUUGUCUUAUGUACAGCCAGAAGUAGCAAAAGUGACAGUGCUCAUCUACGGGCUUCCGAGGUAG